AUGAUGUUUUUAUUAUCAAUUGAUUUAGUUUUAUCCGUAACACAAAAUCCAAUGUUCAUAAAUUCUAAUCCAAGGAUAAUUAAAGAUACUAAUUGUGAAUAUGAUAAAAAAACUGAUUUAAAUUCUAGUGACAAAUCUUAUUUUUUAAUUGAUGAAUUCGAUACUAAUACAUCUCUUUCAUCCAUAAAACUAAGUAGCAGUUCAACUAAUGAGUGUCAAUUGCUUUAUCUAUCAGAAUCUUCAUUUAUAGAUAAAAACAAUUCCAAUGUGGAAGAUUCAAACAAUUCCAGUGAUGAAAUAAUUAAAUCAAAGGAAGAUAUUGAAAAAUCUGAAAAAAAUUUACUGCUUGAUAAAAAUAGUAAAAAUAUAAUUGGAAUAUAUAACUUUAGCUACUUUUAUAAUCAUUCAAUAAUCAUUUUAAAGUCUGUAAAAAAUUUUAUUGAAUCAUUUUUUAACUAUUAA